CCUACUGAGCAAGGCCAGGGAUUGAACCCCCAUCUUCCUGGAUACUAGUUGGGUUCGUUACCUGAGCCACAAUGGGAACUUCCUGUGAUUCUCUGUCUAUUUGUACACGCAGGUAACUACUGCCCAGAUGAAGACAGUGGGGGCUCCUUACUAUUGCUCCUCUGGGCCAGUGCUCUUUGCAGUCACCAUUUUGAUUUCCAUGGCCACUGAUUAGCUUGUCUGUCCUAGAACUUCAUAGAAAUGCAGUCACAUGGUAUGUUUUAUUUAUUUAAGUCUUCUUGAGUGCAACACGAAGUUGUUGAGAUUCAUAUUGCUGUGCAGGCCAGAGGCUGGCCUGUUUUCAUGGCUGUGUAAUUGCAUGAGAUUAGUGAAUCACUCUUCCUUCUUCCAUGCAUUUCUUGAUAAUUUUGGCCUCAUUUGCCAGACUGAUAGAUUAAACCAGCAAAUCUGAUUGUGUCCUCCAGCUGGUUGAGACCCCUUGAAACAUUCUCCAUCUUUCUCAGAAUUCAUUCAAAUCUCUCCUCGGGGCCUAUAAUGCCCUGCCGGUCUGGCCUGCGCCUGGCUCUUCUGCCUCAGUUUGCACCCCCCCCCCUUCUGCGCUCUCCUCUCUGUGUCUGAAUGGUGCUGUUUCUCAUCCGUCUUUGCAUGUGCUUCUCCUUCUGCUCUGCUGUGUGCUCUGCCUCCACCCUCACCUGCUUCACUGGCUGAACCUCCGAUUCAUUGAGAUUGUGAGGCCACUUGAUUUACAGCCUCAGGGAGGCUCCACCAGCCCCACUUCUAGCUUCCACACUUUGUAGCUCCCUACACUUCUUCCUUCAUUGUCCUUGCUGUAAAUAACAAUUUGUCAGAUGAUGUGAUUGAUACCUGUCGCCCCCAUAAGACUGUGAGCUCUGUGAGGACAGGCACUGGUUCUUCCUCUCCAGCAUCAGCCGGCCCAAAACCUGCAUCUCAUUCCAUAUUUACUAAAUGCUGAGGGUUGGGCAGACCCUCUCCCUGAGCCUCGGCGCUCUCCCCUCCACCCCUCAAAGACACAGACUUUCUCCUGGGAACUGCCACAGAAGCUUGACGCCCUGCCCUUUCCCUCCUUGGCAACUGUGGGUGACGCACCCAGGGGCGGGUGUCUCGCCCCAUGGCUGACGCUGAUUUGGCCCAGUUGAGCAAGGCCAUGGUUGCCCCGGGGGGAGGUUACUCAUCCUGGGCUCAGGUAAGAGGGCCCAGGUUGGGAGGCGGCACACCUAGGGGGGAAGCCGAGAGAGCAGGACCGAACCAUGGACCCUGCCGGGAAAGCAGGCGCUGGGGCAGUGAUCUGGACUACAGGCUGGCUGCUGCUGCUACCGCUGCUGCUUGCAGAAGGAGCGCAGGCCCUGGAGUGCUACAGCUGCGUGCAGAAAGCAGAUGACGGAUGCUCUCCGCAGAAGAUGAAGACGGUGAAGUGCGCGCCGGGCGUGCAAGUCUGCACAGAGGCCGUCGGAGCGGUGGAAACUAUCCACGGGCAAUUCUCGGUGGCUGUGCGGGGCUGCGGUUCGGGCCUCCCCGGCAAGAAUGACCGCGGACUGGACCUUUACGGGCUCCUGGCCUUCAUCCAGCUGCAGCAGUGCUCCCAGGACCGCUGCAAUGCCAAGCUCAACCUAACCUCGCGAGGGCUCAACCCCGCAGGCAAUGAGAGUGCCUACGGCCCCAACGGCGUCGAGUGCUACAGCUGCGUGGGGCUGAGCCGCGAGGCGUGCCAGGGAACGGCGCCGCCCGUCGUGAGGUGCUACAACGCCAGCGACCACGUCUACAAGGGCUGUUUCGACGGCAACGUCACCUUGACGGCAGCUAAUGUGACUGUGUCCUUGCCUGUCCGGGGCUGCGUCCAGGAUGAGUUCUGCACCCGGGAUUCCGUGACAGGCCCCGGGUUCACGCUCAGCGGCUCCUGCUGCCAGGGGUCCCGUUGUAACUCGGACCUCCGCAACAAGACCUACUUCUCCCCUCGAUUGCCGCCCCUCGUCCUGCUGCCCCCUCCUCCGUCCACCACUCUGGCCCCAACCACUUCUGUCACUACUUCCACCCCGGCCCCAACCACCUUCACCUCCACCUCCAAACCCACUCCAGCUCGGACCAGCCAGAUUCCACAAAAGGUUGAAACUGAAAACUCCCAGGAAACAGAAUCUAGCUUGGUUGGAGGUGCUGGUGGCCACCAGGACCGUAGAAAUAUGGGGCAGUAUCCUACCAAAAAUGAGCCUCAUUAUAAUAAUAAAGGCUCUGCCGCUCCCUCUGCGGGGUUGGCGGCUCUUCUGUUGGCUGCAGCUGUUGGUAUCCUACUAUGAGCUUCUCCACCUCUUGCCCCACUUCCUUGGCCCAGGGUACUGUCUCUUGCCAUUACUCCCUUUCCCACCCCUGGACUGGGCUGGCCCAGCCCCUGUUCUCCCAGUCUCCCCCGGACCCCCAGCUUCCGCUGCACUGGUUUGCGGCUUCGAGACAAAGUCACCGUUGUAUAUAUAUAUAUAUCCUGCCAGGGUGUUCUAGCGUUUUGAGGGCAGCAAUGGUAUCUCCCUCAUCUUUGUCUCUCCCUGGUCUCCUCGUGGUGCCUAGGACAGAGGAAGGUCAGAGCUGGCCCAGGGAAGGUGGAGGAGACAAGGAUAAGCUUCCUGUUCGCUGUCUCACAGCCAACCUGGAAAAGGAGGGGGCGGGUGGUGGCGGAAUGGCUCCCUCUUCUGACGGUUCUGCCCCCACCCCUCCUUCCUUGUGGGAAUCAUUUUGGCGCCUUUGUCUUCUUUUCCAGACUGUGAGCUCCUCAAGGGCAGGGACCCAUGCCUUAUGCCUUGGUGUGGUCAGUGUCUGGCACAGAAAGGCUUCAAUAAAAGUUUAAUUACUUUGUA